UAUGUAGACUAUAGAUUACUUAGAAACUUUGAAGAUGAAACACGUCUUCGAUGCGGGUUAAAUACACGUUGCACCAAUCGAUGCUCUCGCGAAGUCACUGUUACUUUGAAUACGGAUGUUGCAAUCGAGUUGAGCAACACAUAUUGACUUUCGUGGAUGUAUAUUUUAAUACGAAUGUGUAAAAUUGUUCUAAUUAGUGGUAUGGUAUGCCUGUAAUAUAUGUAGUUUACGAAAUGUUUCGUUUCACAUGCCACACUUGUUGCGGCUUCUAGUGAGUUUUUAACCACAGAACCCCCAGAGCCAGAACAUGCACAGAGAGCACCCACAAUAACGAGUCAUCCCGCUAUUCUAAGAUGGCGGAAGGACAGGAUAGCUCGAAGAAAAUUAAUGUUACUGUAAAGACUCCGAAAGAGAAACAAACCGUCGAAGUUGAAGAAAAUGCAUCGAUAAAAGACUUCAAAGAUAUUGUUGCGAAGAAGUUUAGUGCGGAGCCAGAUCAGCUAUGUCUAAUUUUCGCGGGAAAAAUUAUGAAAGAUCAUGAAACAUUACAGACUCACAAUAUUAAGGAUGGCCUGACAGUGCACUUGGUUAUUAAGACUAGUUCUCGUGGUAACAAUGAGCAGUCAGGAGCUGCAUCUACUGCGCCUAGACCUCCAGCUGAUGUUGGAGCAACUCCAUUUGGCCUUGGAUCAUUAGGAGGCUUAGCUGGACUGGAGGCUCUGGGAAUGGGUUCUGCCAAUUUUAUGGAAUUGCAGCAACGUAUGCAGAGGGAAUUACUUGGAAAUCCUGAUAUGAUGAGGCAAAUUUUGGACAAUCCAUUGGUUCAGCGACUAAUGAAUGAUCCAGAGAACAUGAGAAAUUUGAUCACAUCCAACCCUCAGAUGCAAGAGUUAAUGGAAAGAAAUCCUGAAAUAAGCCAUAUGUUAAAUAAUCCUGACUUACUUCGCCAAACCAUGGAAUUGGCUCGAAAUCCAUCUAUGUUACAAGAAUUGAUGCGUAAUCAUGAUCGUGCUAUUUCUAAUCUAGAGUCCAUUCCAGGUGGCUACAAUGCACUUCAGCGCAUGUACCGGGACAUUCAGGAACCAAUGCUUAGUGCUGCCAGUGAACAAUUUGGCAGGAAUCCGUUUGCUGGUUUAGUAGACAACUCCGGUAAUGCAGAUGGUUCUAAUCCACAACAGGGUCAAGAAAAUAGAGAUCCUCUUCCUAAUCCAUGGUCCCCUGCUUCUGGGGAAAGUGGUGGUGGGGGUGGAGGUGGUAACACUGGUGGAUCUCAGACCUCCACAACUGGAACUCGGACAUCGUCGUCAUCAUCAGCAGUUCGAGGAUCUGGUCUUUUGAGCACCCCAGGCAUGCAGAGUCUCAUGCAACAAAUGAUGGAGAAUCCACAGCUCAUGCAAAACAUGUUGUCAGCCCCGUAUACACAGUCCAUGUUGCAAGCUUUCGCAGCAGAUCCUUCUAUGGCUUCACAAAUUAUUAAUAGUAAUCCUCUCUUCUCUGACAAUCCAGCUCUUCAGGAACAGAUUCGUCUAAUGCUGCCAAAUUUCCUACAGCAACUGCAGAACCCUGAAGUUCAUAACCUGAUGUCCAAUCCCCAAGCCCUGGGUGCGCUUAUGCAGAUCCAGCAGGGGGUGGAACAGCUACGAAAUGUUGCUCCCAGCCUUGUGAACAGCAUGGGCCUUGGUACAGUGCCAUCAUUUGGAGGAAGUACAACUGGUACCGGAACUGCAACAACUACUACAACAUCCGCUGCUAAUACAGGCUCAGUACCAAGCAGUCCUGGCACUGGUACUGGUGCAGGUACUGGUUCUGCUUCUGGCACUGGCACUGGCAAUGGAGCUGCUGCAGCAGCCACUGGCACUACUGGUUCCACUGCACCAACCACUCAGGCUUCUUCCACCACUACUGCUCCCUCACAGACUCAGCAACAACAGCAGCAGGAUGUGUUUUCACAGUUUAUGGCAAGAAUGAUAUCAAGUAUGUCUGCACCAAGCGUGAAUACAAACCAGCCUCCUGAAGAGAGGUACCAUGCACAGUUGGAGCAGCUGACUGCGAUGGGAUUUGUAAACAGAGAUGCUAACUUACAAGCACUGAUUGCAACUUUUGGUGAUAUAAAUGCAGCUGUUGAAAGGCUACUUCAAAGCAGGCAGAUGUCUCAGAGCUAACAACACUUCCAGCUAAACAUGCCAAUCCGUGAUUUGUAUGACUUGUGUGCACAUGCUUCUUGUACAGAAGGGAUGAUGAGUUGAAUCCAUUGAACGCAAGUUGCUGCAGUUGUUGGGAGCAGCAUCUAUCUGGAUAGCACACCCUCCCUUACAAAAGAUACAAUAGAGGUGCUGUUCAUUAUUGAUGUUUAAGCCUGUUCAUUGUAUUUACCUUGUUAGUGGAAGCACAGUGAUUUAAAGUGCUUAAUUAAUUGGAUUCUUUGGAAAUUGAAAUACAACAUUGGUUCUGACAUUAUCACUCCAAAUAUUUUUUUGGUGAAGAUUGUAAGUUUCUUUCUGAAAUGGAAUACUUUGGUAGGUAAAAUAUAAAUUAGUUAACCAUAAUGUUAUUUACAGUUUAGAGAUAUUUUCUGGUUCUCGGUACAUUAUUGGCACGCAAAUUUGUAUUUUUUGUGAAAUUGUAGUACUGCUGAUGUACUGUUACUGCUACUCACUUCUGAUUGGACAUUAGUAAAGAAUAUUGCAACUAAUCAAUCCAAGUUCAUACAGCCUUAAAAUGUUAUUUCAAUACUGAAUAGCAUCCUUGAGAAAUCUCCUUACUUUCCUGUAGCAUAAUAUAUUGCUGGCAUUUGAGUCUUCUGGUGUUGAAUUCUACCUUAGGAAAGUUUUAUGCCGAUACGAAUAUAGAAUACACCUUGUGUUAUACAUGUUAAAUUUAUAUAAGUGUAGAUAAAAAUGCACCCAUUUUAAUCUACCCAAAUUUCAUUUUAAUUUGACCAUUUGCUUCAGAUGCUUUAAGCAAUACAAGUGCUAGUCACACAGUUGGUAAUUGCCAUGAUUGUCAUAGCAAUGCUUUCGUGAAUUUUGGAAUAUCUUGUAAAGUCAUUAGGUUACAAAAUAUGGUAUUGACAUUAUUGUGCAAAUGAUUUCAGAUUUACAUGUGAAGGUGUGGUUUUAUGUAUGGUGUUGAGUGUGCUCCAUGUCACUUAAGUAUGUCAGGCUACCAUUAAUAUCUGUCGGUAAAUGCCCAGCACAGUGACACGUAUUUGAUAUUUGCUCAUGAGUUAGGAAGUGCUGUUGUGGAAGGUUUUGAUUGUUAGAUAAGACAAUAGAUUUUUGUCAUUUGAUAGCACUUCAAAUUUUGUGUUUGUAAUAAUAUAAAUACCUUAUAUUGAUAAAACAUUUACCUGGAUGUUUGACCUAUUUUGACAUUGGAAGUUGGUUUGGUGAGUAUUGCAGGUUUCUGUCACAAUUAUGUAAAUAGAUUCUUCUCUGUGUGGAUGCUUAAUGUACAGAUUUAUUUCCUCUCUUUAGUGAUGUUCUCUUGGAAUUUGUUUUAUUCAUUUCAAUAUUUCUAAAUAUUUGGGUAGGUUGAAUGUAAGAUUUUUAGAAAUAUUCAAGUUGUACAUGUCUGUUAUCUUAGGAAUGGUAUAAAUUGUCUUGAACUGGUUUGCAAAACAAUUAAGGUUAACAAAUGUAUACUAUAUCUGUGCUUCGGUUUGUAUAUGCUGUAUUAUGUACUGUACUAGGUAGUCUAUUGAUGUAUCAUGAACUUACAUUUGACACCUAUUUACGUUGAAAUAUUUAUCUUCUUUUUUUCAUAUACUUAAUGUCAACAGCAAUUUUUCUUCAAAAUGACAUGAAGUCUAUUGUUGGAUCAAUGAAUAAUAUUAAUACUUGCUUAGUGCACAUGUAGAAGUGAUGGUGCAUGGCAAAUUGUGAAGGCAUGGAAAUAAUACUUCUCUUUCAAAAGUUUUUAUGUAUGAGGAAGUUAAGUUCUGUUUUUUCUUUUUUCAUAAAUAGGGAUAGGUUAGCAUUUUAAUUGUGUAGAAUUUCUCCCUCUGAAUUUGAAUUACAUUAAACUUUUAUUUAUAGUUCAUAAAUUAUUUUUGGCUUGCUUAAUUUCAAGUUUCAUUUACACUUGUUGAAAGAAAAUGUGUAGGAAAAGCACCAGAAACUUCCACAAAAAUUAUAUCGAGACUUCAGAUCCUCUAGACAAAUACUAGACAAUUACAGAAGUGUGCUGGGUAUUAGUAUAUAAUUGAGAGUGAAUCUUGUAUUCACAUUGUAAACAUGUUCUUGGUAGACACAAUUUUGUAGAAUGUCCUAUCCCUAUUCAUGAAAUAUAUUUAGUGCUAUGUUUUCUAGAUGUUUCUUGCAUUAUCAUUCAGUAGACAAAGUGGAAAUCAUAAUGGGCUUUGAAUACAAGUUGCAAGUUAAAACAUUAGGUUCAGAUUAAUUUGCUUAUUCAGGAACUAUUAAAUUGAACUGAUCAAUUGUCUUGCUUGGAAAAUGUAUGAAUUAAGUUCUAAUCAUUUGCUAUGGAUUUUGUAGGGUAGUGAUAAGUACAGUACCUACUUCAUGCAAUAGUGCAAACCUAUUUUAGAUGACUUUAUUGAUUUACACAAAUAAGUACUCUUGCGUUCUUUAUCCUUACAGUUCCAAGGUGGUUUGCAAAGUCCUUAUACCCAUUCUUAUAUUUUAAAAAAAGAAAGAAGAAAAACAAUUGCUGAGGACAGUCACUUUCACACUUCUUGAAUUAAAAAUGAGACGACUUUGUUUUGAUUUGAAAUUCCAUAGACAAGUCUUGCUUGUUGCAAAAAUUUUGUAGAGGAGUUGUAAUUUACAGUGUUUGAAGUGGAAGAUUGCAUUAUGAAAUUUAGAAGUGUACUUCAUAGAAAUCAGUAUCAAGAAUUGAAAAUUGUGCAGUUUUGUUGUUUGUUUUUUCCCUGGGGAUUUGUAAAUGCACCCUCACAAUUGCCUGAAAAUCUUAUUUGUAUGUUGCAUUAUUUUGGAAAUUGUACUUCUUUUUACUCCAGUGUAUAAUCAAAUGGGAAAAUUGUAUUUUUCGUAUAUACUGUUUUGAGUUAGAUAUCAAUUUAUUUCUGUGGCUGUAGGUUAUUGAUGUAUUGCCGUGGUUCCAACGGUUUGUUAUUAAAAAACCACUGAAUAAGAUCAUAAAUAAAAAAAAUGUUAAUGCAGUAUAAAAUACUUUAUUAAAUUUUCACCUUGCUGUUUUGCUUCCAUAAAUAUGUUUUUUCAGAAAAAUAUCAUGUUAAAUUUAAGUAACACUUUUUCGGCCACUGAAAAUGCUAUUGAGAAAUAAAUUCAAAAUUUAUCUAUUUUCAAAGCUGGAGUUCCAUAACGUAGAGGUUCUUUCAGCAGAAAUACAUCGUCUAUGUGCUUCAACUGAGAUUGGAAUGUUAUUUCUGUUUUCUUUAAUUGCUCAUUUAAAACAUUUAACACGUAGCUUGACUAUUGAAAGGGUGCAUGUAGUUUAAUUUAUCAUAAGAAUUAUUUCUUAUUCUGUAAAAACAUUUUCAUGAACAUUAAUACAUUUUUUCAGUCUUAAACUUGCUACACUGCAUAUUAAUGUUGAUUGAGGCCAUACAUGUCAGGACUUCAUAAAGUUGCCCUGUUUUCUGAAAUUGCAGCUUUAAAAAUGUAAUAAUUACUGCAAUAUGUAGUGCAAACAAUAAUUUAAAUAGUGGUUAAUAAGCUGUGGCCACAUCCAGGUACAUUGUCUAAUUAAGACUUCAGUUUGUUAUAAAGGCCCAUUUGCUGAACAUGAUUUAGGCUUUUCUGGCUCAAGGAACAAAACUCCACAUACAACUGAGAAUCCAAUUAAGAGAGCAAGUAAUUUUAGUAAACGAUCUUUACCUUUGUUCAGUUCAUGAGGUAGAACUUCAAAGAAGGUUAUGUACACAAAGGUUCCACAUGCUAACCCCUGCAAGACUCCAUUAACAACAGAAGAAUCUACAGCAUGCCCAAAUUGUUCUAAGCUCAUGGCAAUUCCCAUUCCUAUGGGAGAUGUAAUACAAAAUAACACAUUUGAUCUAAUUAUUGCUAUUAAUCCAAGUUGGCUUUGCACCAAGUUUAGGCCCAGGCUAAAUGCAAUUAUUGUUUUAUGUAGUACUACUGCUGCAAAAAUUUGCAGGACACUUUCCACAUCAGGCUGUAGUCCAAUGGCUAGUCCUUCGAAGAGGGAAUGAAGAGAUAAAGCAGUGAGUAACAGAAAUGAUCGGAAACUUGAAUGUGGAUCAUCUUCAUAAUUUUCAUCUGCAUUCAGCUGUGGUUGAUCACUCACUCCUUCUACACUAUCACGACGUAGUUUCCUCCGUAUAUCAGGAUCUUCAUCAGAAAAGCUUUCAAUUGCAUCAGCAGUACUUCUGACACUUUCUUUGCAGUCCAAAACUAUCUGUUCAACUAUCAAUACCAUGAAAAAGCCAAAUGCCACUGUAAACUCUGCAACUGGAAAGGAUGUGUUGAUGUUUGGACUUGUCAUGGCUUUCUGUAAAAUAUCAUCCACUUCAGGAAAAAGAUCCAACAAACAAGUUGCCAUAAAUACACCAGCAGCAAAGCAACUGAGUAAGCUUAUUAUUCGGCCAUACCUGUAACGUUUCACAGGAUCUGCAGUCUCAUGAAAAGCUUUCAACAAUUUCAGAGGUAACAUACUAAAUAUGAAAGUUAAAAGAAAAAGUGUGACUAGAACUAUCCAUUUCGCUCCAAUAAUAUCCAUUUUUAUCUGAAAAAAAUGAAAAAUUAUAAAAGUUGAAUAAAUGCGUUAACCUACGUUUCGAACUCUUUACUAUUACUUAUACUAUGGCAUUUCUCGGCCCACAAAUUCAACGAGUAAGAAAACCAAGGCAAUGAUCGUCGUCGGCACACGAUGACUAACGCACACGAGUAGAUUCCAUCGGUCACAUCAGAUACGGAAGUGCAUAACCUAAGCAAAACAGCAAACAAACAAACAGCUGAUACUGACAGUAACGAGGUCAACUGCGAUGAAAUCGCGAGAGUAUCGAUGUUUUGAAAAUCGACUUACG